AUGUUCAGCAACUCACCAAUCAUUCAAAAAUCUUAUUAAAGCAGCUCUUUUUCCUACUAACAAUAAAUGGAUGAUAUGAGUUGCAUUGUAGACAACGGAGUAUCUGGAUCAAUUUACUUGGGGAAUAUUGAAUCUGCUUCUAGUUUGGAGAACCUGAGGAGACACAGAAUCAAUGGUGUAUUGUCGAUUUGUAUGAAUAAGAUACCAUUUGAUGUAUAGACCCAACUCCAAAAUUAUCAACAUAUAUACUUGGAGGAUUGUGAAUCUGAAAAUAUUAGUAGACAUUUUGAAAAUAGCAAUCAAUUCAUUGAAAAAGCCAGAUAGAGUGGAAAUGUGUUGAUUCACUGCAUGGCUGGUAUUUCUCGAUCAGCCACCCUCGUUGCAGCAUACUUGAUGAAGAAAAAUAAAAUGAGCGCUUAAGAUGCCUUAAAAUUGCUAGAAAGAAAAAGAUGGUAAGUCUAUCCUAAUGAUGGAUUCUUAAGGCAAUUACAACAAUACGAACGAGCAUUGCAAUUAUAAGCACAUAAAAGUGAUAAAACAGAGGUAUCACCCUAGAAAGAAUCUUUGUUAAAAAACAAACAAUUCUAAACUCCAACCAAAGAAAUCUCAUUCAUGAAUAAAUAUGAAGAAAAAUAAUAAUACUCUGGAAUUAAAACAAGACCUCUGAAGGAUAUUAAUUAUGAGAGUUACAAAAGGAAAUCUAUUGAACCCUAAAUCUAUUGUCGUCCAGAAUCAUCCAUUCAGUUUUCACUUACCAAUCAUAGACCUAAUUAAGCUAUUAAUACUUCUCCUGAUUUGAUUCGAAAGUAGAACUACUUAUAGGAUGCAAUUCACGGGAAAAAAAAGGAUGGGUUAGCCUCUCUGGCAUUAGAAUUGAAUUCCUUGGAUUGGUAAAACAGAAAAUAAGACUAUGAAAAUAAGUUUGUAAAAUAACAGAUUCAAACUACAAGCAAGACUUUUAUAUCUUAGAAUAAACCAUUCUAAUACAAUUAACAAUAAAGUAAACUUGAUGAAUUAUUAAAUGCCUUUAAUAGAAAACCAAUACUUUGA